AUGAAUUACGGAAUUUACCAGGUACAUCUUUUGGCAUUGCCAUAUGAUGGUGGAGCAGAAAUUAGGAUGCAUAAUAAUAUAUUAAUUGUUAUGGUGCAUCUUUCACUGCUAUUUGUGACUGUUUGUAUCUCUAUUUUCAGUUUCAGGUUGUUAACAAUGAGAGUAGCAAGAAAAGAGAUGUGCCUAAAAGCUGCUCUUAUAAAACAGAAGGGAGCAACACGGCAAGCAGAAAGAAAGAGCAUGAAUCAGAGACUCGCAUUUGUUACUGUUAGCCAUGAUAUUCAUGCUUCACUAGUAGGCGUUGUUGGAUUGUUAGAGAUGUCUAUUAAAGAGGUCGAUCAAAUAUCAAAAUUAGCUAAAAACUUGAUACUUGUGUAG